UCGUCCACAAUUGUUAAGUUAGUAGUAUUGUUCUCGUUACCUGUACACGCCUCAGGGGAGUGUUACUACCAGGUAUGAGGUGAUUAUGACGCAGUCGUAUGAGGCUACAUAAUUCAUGUUCACGCAGAUGUGACUACAACAGUCAUGCUUGAAUGACGAUGAACUUUUGUUCUGAGAAAUACAGCUUGUUUAUCCUUGUUAUAAGUGUGUGGAUUUUCAAACACUAACAUUGUAUGGUUCUAUAACAGCAAUCGUGAUGGAACUAUUAUCUUUGCUUGUUAUGUAUUUAACCUGGCCUAGUAUAGCUGAUGGCGACGAAGUUGAUGAAGACUGCCGAUUUGGUUAUUACACAAACAGUGGUGAAUAUGAAGAAUCUUAUAUCUCAUGUGGUAUCAACGACUACUGCUGUGGUCAUUUGAUGGACAGAAAUUGCUGCAUCAACCCCGAAAAUAAUUCCAACGAUGACGAUGAUUCUCCCACUAUUGGUUUGAUGUUUGGUAGUAUUGCAGCAUGCACGAUAUUCAUUGUUUUAUGCGCAUGCAUAUGUGGUAAAAUGGUUCGCCGUCAGCCUCCCUCUACAGAACAACCUUAUACUGAUCAGACAAACUCUCCGACAGGUGGAGGAUCUCAUUUCUCAUCUUUAACAAAUCAGACCAACACUUCCGAUACAAGUACUUCAAUACAGGUAACUCCUUCCAGCAUUCAAAUGAGGGACCCAGCUCCUUCACCACCGCCAUCUUACGAGGAAUGUUUAGAGAAAAACUUAAUAUUACCACCGCCUGCGUAUGAUGCUCUGAACCUGUUUACAAACAACGCUUACUCAGGUUCGGAUAGCAAUGUGACAGCUAAUACAGUUCAAAUUGAUCAUAAUCAUUCACCUGCUAACUCAGACUGA